UACCAACUGCUCAGAACUACCAGAAGAAGAAGUGUGUCAUCACCGGCGCUGGGGCUAAAAGAAAAAUUGUGAAUGGCUUCAAAAUAGCCUGAAAUGCGAAAUGAGAAAUCUACGCUUUAGCGAAAUUUGUAUUUUUCCCAUGUGACAUCCAAAGGUACCAGACAGCAAAGGGAGAAGAAGGGGACAAAAGAUGUCGGACGUUGAAGGCGCUGACAGUUCAGAGCAGCUGAAUAAAUUUGAGAAACUGACAGGCAGGCCGCCGCACGGAGCGACGUUAGCAGGUCCUCGAAGUCCGCCCGCCCGCAGUGGGCAUCGCUGCGUUGCUGACAACACUAACCUGUAUGUGUUUGGGGGAUACAACCCUGACUAUGAUGAGUCGGGAGGCUUAGAAAACGAAGACUACCCACUAUUCAGGGAGCUUUGGCGGUACCACUUUGCCACAGGCUGCUGGCAGCAGAUUCGAACAGAGGGGUACAUGCCCACAGAGCUGGCAUCUAUGUCAGCUGUUUUGCAUGGUAACAACCUUCUUGUGUUCGGUGGCACCGGGAUCCCCUUCGGGGAAAAUAACGGCAAUGACGUUCAUGUUUGUAACGUGAAGUAUAAGCGAUGGUCGCUGCUCAACUGUCGAGGGAAGAAGCCCAACAGAGUCUAUGGACAGGCAAUGGUCAUUAUAAACGGCUUCCUGUACGUAUUUGGUGGAACAACGGGCUACAUCUACAGCACAGACCUGCACAGGCUGGACCUGACCACCAGGGAGUGGAUCCACCUGAAACCCAACAACCCGCCUGAUGACCUGCCAGAGGAAAGAUACAGGCAUGAAAUAGCACAUGAUGGACAGAGGAUUUAUAUCCUGGGAGGAGGAACGUCCUGGACAUCUUAUCCCCUGGAUAAGAUGCAUGCAUACAAUCUGGAGACAAACACUUGGGAGGAAAUCACAACUAAACCUCAUGAGAAAAUAGGAUAUCCUGCUCCUCGACGAUGCCAUAGCUGUGUACAAAUACGUAAUGACGUAUUUAUCUGUGGAGGCUACAAUGGGGAAUCGAUACUUGCUGAUCUGUGGAAACUAAACUUGCAAACUUUCCAGUGGAGUAAACUACCAGCAGAGAUGCCCGAGCCGGCCUACUUUCACUGUGCUGCUGUAACGCCGGCUGGCUGCAUGUAUAUUCACGGUGGUGUCGUGAACAUCCAUGAGAACAAGAGGACUGGCUCUCUGUUCAAGAUCUGGCUGACUGUGCCCAGCCUGCUGGAGCUGUGCUGGGAGAAGCUUCUCAAGGCCUUCCCCCACCUGACUUCUCUGCCCACCUUUCAUCUGUAUAAUUUGGGCCUCACAGAGGAGCUUGUAGAACGUGUGAAAUAGGCACAGAGGAACGGAAGAAAACUCCCAGCAGGACUCUGGAUGAUGCCUGAUGUAGCCCCGCCUUAAAACCAAAAACAAUGGGAUGCCUUUUUUUAAUGUUCACUUAAUUUUUUUUUGGCCUGUUUUUGUAGAUAUGGCGAUGAGCGGGAAUAUUUUUGGAAUGUUUUAUGGAUUUUACUCAAAUCCCUGUGCCAUCACUGCAACUUUAUAGCGUUUGGAUUCUGGGCAUCAUCUUCAAACAAACUGACAAGUUGUAACCAAAAAUCUUUAUUUUGUCAUGUAAAAAAGUCAGACACUAUUAACUCUCAUUUCUGCAAAUCCUCCAGAUAUUUUAUAAAUUCAGAGCAAGGGAAAAUCGGAUGUAUAUUUAUUUCAUGGACUUUUGCUGUUGUUUUUUCUUCCCGUCAUGAACUGAUAUUGCUCUUUGCACAUUUUGUCCCAUAUCCUUGUUGGUAUUUUUUUUAUUUAAUAGAUUCUUUACACAUCAAUGACUAAAGAGUCUAAAGAGGGUGUAACGCAUUGGUUUGCCAAUUUAACAGUUUUACUGAUACUACACUAUUUUUGGUUUGUUGUCCCUUCUCUGCUGGAAGUUGUCAGGCGUAGUAAAAGUCGUGAAAGUUUCUGCACUGGUUUUUAUCCUGUCAGUUUGCAUGAAUGGACAAGAAGAAAACAUUUGGAAAUAUUAGUGUUUUAGAUUUGUGGUUAAUUGCCUAAAACAUGUGGAGACGCUAGGUGUUCAUCGCCAUGACAAGAACAUUUACAAUUUCAUUUUCUCUAUUUGUCCUUUUUUUAUUGUUAUUUUACAGCUCAUAAAACAUAAAAUAAAGGUGAGUAUUUACAAGGUUAUUUAUUUCCCAAUCACCUCAAUUUCUAGCUUUAUUUGUAAAACACUUCACUGUGAAUUGGGUGCUCUUUAAAUUCUAAGCUUUUAGUUCAAUAAAUUAUGCUUUUACUCCGGAUGUUGAAGACGAUGUUUUUGCACUGAGAGCUGCUUCAGUAGCACAUUUGUUUAUCCUGCAGUGCCUUUUUCAAAGAUAUAUUCCACAUAUGUAAGAUUUCUGCAUGCAUGUUGACCCCUUUAAAUAUUCCAGUCAGUGCAGAUAAAUGCUGAUUUUGAAGACUUGUUUUUUUCCUCUUUAAACAGGUCAGCAUGGUGUCCUAAAAGCAUUCAGAGACUUGUUAAUGUUCAUUUAAAUAAUGGCAAAUAUUGUUUCACAUUUUGAAGAUUUUUUUUGUCCCCCACCCCCCAUGCAUGAAUCAUCCCCUUAUUUUAAUUUUGCAUUGUAUUGAGAUUCUUUAAUGCAUGAUGCCUUUAAUUGCUUUUAACAUUAUCCUUACUUGCAUAGAUGCUUUACAGGUUUCCUAUUAAAAGUGUUGUACAGUUGGAUUUUAUGAACAUUGUUAGUUGUCAAUAAAAGUAUUGUCUAAAUA